AUGACGAAAAGCUAUGACAUUCCACUGGGCCCUGAAUUCUUCGAUGCCGUAUCAAAAGCAGAUGGGGAAGAGAUACUGGUGUUGAAUGCAGCCAAGCUGAUAAGUCGAGCGAACGAAUUAUGGGGAAACGAGGGAUGGUCCUCAGAGACAACGAUUGAACAGAUGAAAUACGCUACAAAGAGAUCCAAGGAGGAAGCAUUGGUGGAAGCAUUGUCACGAUUCGGCGAAGGACUAGGUUUAUGUGGACAAGAUCAAGAAUACAUGGAACAGAUCAAAGACAUGGAUGUUCCAACGAGAUUUCCGUUUGACCCGGAUCAUAUCGCUCACCAUCCUCAAUAUGAUCCAUCGACGACAAAGAAGAGACCAGCGGUCGAGAUACCAGCCCCUCCAGAGCCAAAAAUUAAGAAGACGAAUACACAACAAGGUAGCAGAGGGAGUGGAGGUAGAGGGAAAGGAGGUCGUGGACGAGGAGGCAAAGGCGGUAACCAAUCGUCAACAACCACACCCUCUCCAUCAGCUCCAACCGAUCCAACAACCACACCCUCUCCAUUAGCUCCAACCGAUCCAACAACCACACCAUCUUCAUCAUCCACAGAAAUGUCAACCACACCAUCUUCAUCAUCCACAGGAAUGUCAACCACACCAUCUUCAUCAUCCACAGAAAUGUCAACCACACCAUCUUCAUCAAGCUCAAUUGCUUUCAAAAAACAAGCAUACACACAAAUGAAACUCCCAUUUGAUAAGGGGAAAAAGUAA